AUAUCAUUCAUUCCCAUUUAGGUACCCAGUGUGCAUGCACUGCUGCCAAAAAGCCUCAUAGUCAAACACGGUCUCCUUUAUGAAGUGGCUUCUCCUGCCACUGGGCUGCUCCCAUUGGAAUCCAUGUAGCUGAAUGUAUACAGCUGGUCAGAGUAAGAUCGACAUCAGAAAAAAUGGAAUUCAUUGAGUGCCACCAAGUGUUCCAGCUGGGUCGCGAUGUGAUUCCGGACCCUCAAAGGGACCACUCGUUCACCGGUUACGUCUCCCUGAACUCAUCAGCUCAUCUGAACUCCCACUACAUGGAUGUGCACCGCUCCCUCUCUCCAGAGCAGUUUGGGACGUUCAACCACAGCCUGCGGGCCACUCUGGGAGAGAGCGGAAAGGUGACACAGGGGGGUGUGGGCGUGGUGGCUCUGGCCCUGUCCUUCCUGUUCGACAUCCUGACCCAGCAGGCCAAGAACCAGACCGGGACAACCCAUUUCAUCCACCAAAUUUUCAGAGAGCGCGAGGACCGCGACACCUCAGAGAUCGGGACCGUCAUCACUGACUACCUGAAACUAGUCCCGCUGAUCGCCAACGACCCCCAACGCAUGAAGGAGGAGACCGAUCGCUACGAACAAAGACUCAACAGCUCGCUGUUCAGCCAUUUUGAGAGGACAGCCAAGUCAAGAAACAACAGUUGGACAGAGUGGGAAGAUAUUCAUCCACGGUCUCGCCUUUCAUCAGCACAUGAUGAUACACCAGGUCCGAAUGGGAGCAAAGAUAACAAUGGACCAACUGCUUGA